UGUCAAAUUCUCAUACCCUCUCUCAAUGCAACGCGUCGUACUCGUAUCUAUAUAAAAAAACAUUAAAAUAUUCACUACUCACUACUACAUAAAUGCGUCACACUCCACUCGACAAGGACCAGCUCCAACUCCAACCACACUUCUCAAGUUCUCAUCUAUCAUCAUCAAUGGAAUCUGAAAUCGCCGCUGAGUUUCUUCCCUUCGUUCGUAUUUACAAAGACGGCCGCGUCGAGCGACUCAUCGGAAUCGACAUCAUCCCGUCGUCUCUAGAUCCAUCAAACGACGUCGUUUCCAAAGACGUUAUAUACUCCCCCGAGCACAACCUCUCCGUCCGUCUCUUCCUUCCUCACAAAGUCCUCGUCUCCGGCGGCGUAGACAAAAAACUACCUCUACUUAUCUACAUCCACGGCGGAGCUUGGAUCAUCGAGUCACCUUUCUCCCCUAUCUACCACAACUACCUCGCGUCGGUUACAAAAUCAGCAAACUGCCUCGCCGUCUCUGUUCAGUACCGCCGUGCACCUGAGGAUCCGGUUCCUUCGAUGUACGAAGAUGUAUGGUCCGCGAUCCAAUGGACCUUCUCUCAUGCUAACGGAUCUGGUGGUCCUGUGGAUUGGAUCAACAAACACGCCGAUUUCGACAGAGUGUUUCUCGCCGGAGAUAGCGCCGGAGGUAACAUAUCACAUCACAUGGCGAUGAAAGCUGGUGAAGAGAACAAGAACAAGAAGAAGAAGGUGGAUCUUAUUAAAAUCAAAGGUAUCGCUGUUGUUCAUCCAGCUUUCUGGGGAACAGAUCCGGUUGAUGAGUUCGAUAUGCAAGACAAAGAGAUGAGAAGCGGGAUCGCGGUGGUUUGGGAAAAAGUUGCGAGUCCGAAUAGUGUGAACGGUACUGAUGACCCGUUGUUUAAUGUAAACGGAUCCGGGUCGGAUUUUUCGGGGCUGGGUUGCGAGAAGGUUUUGGUUGCUGUGGCUGGGAAAGAUGUGUUUUGGAGGCAAGGUUUGGCUUACGCGAGGAAUCUGGACAAGUGUGAGUGGGGAGGGACUGUGGAAGUGGUUGAGGAAAAAGAUGAAGGACAUGUGUUUCAUUUGGAGAAACCUGAUACUGAUAAGGCUUUGAAGUUUUUGAACAAGUUCGUCGACUUUAUUGCUACUGGUUGAUGAAUGUUUUAAUCUUCAUGAUUUUGAAUUUGGUUAUGUAAUCUUGGAUUUGAAUUUGGUUUAUGUAAUCUUAUGUUUUUAACCGGGUCGGUUUGAAUUUGGUUAUGUAAUUUACUAAUUUUAUGUUUUCAA